GGCUCUAUCCCGUGUUUUUACCACCGUGUAGCUGGUUGAGUUUGUGCAGCACGGUGCAGCAUAGAGUUAGUUUACCUAGAGUGCCACAUUUUACGUUUGAAUCGCUUGAGUAUUCGCUUGACAGAUACGGAUUAGGGUUGAAUUUCUGUUUUAUCUUCUUAGAAAACUAAUUCGAAAUGUAUACUACAUGAAAGAUGCUUGCGUUAAGAUUUUAUUGAUAUUGAUUUGUAGUUUUAAGGCAUAUAGAAUAUUAUAAGGAAAAUCGAAAGGGAUUAUUCUUUAAGAAGUUUGGGACUGAACGUGAUUGCUUUUUCAUACACUUAACCUGUCUUUGUCGGCUUUCUAUUUUGAGCUGCACAGCACGUUGGAUUUCAUGGCUUUUCCACAACCUAAUUCAAGAGAAAGAUAUUGGAGGAAUUGCAGAUAAAGAAACAACAGCUUUUAAAACAGGUUGUCACCCCAUAUCUUGGUACUCCUCUAGCCGCUACUCCAACAAGUUCAGCAUCCAGCCUGCCCCCAGCAGCAGCAAGCGAUGGAGUAACAAUGAGUGCAUCCCAACGAGCUGCUCUCCACAAUGCUCAUGCUGCCUCAACAGGAUAUUUUGUUACUCAAGACUCCUCCUUUGGCAAUCUCAUUUUACCAGUUCUACCUCGAUUUGAUAGCAAGUGAUUUGCUCACACAGUAGAACACACCAAAGCUUAAAUUUUAACUCAUCCUACACAAUAUGGCCAAGCUACGCCUAGCAGAGCUGGAAGGAUGUCUCCAGGAGCUUGAAGUAUUUGAUCAACCAAAAAUAUCACUCGAGCAAUAUGCCACCAGUGCCCACAUUGGAGCACACAUGCUAUACACUGCUCAAAUGCAAUAUCAUGAUCUGGAAAAUCGUGCCGUUGCUGACCUGGGUGCGGGAUGUGGAGUUCUCUCGUUAGGAGCCCAACUAUUAGGUGCUAGCCACGUUGUAGGAUUCGAAAUAGAUCCAGAUGCACUUCAGAUAUUACAAUCUAAUCGCGACGAAAUCGACGUAAACAUGGAUGCUGUUCAGUGCGACAUUUUGGAAUAUCUGCCAGGAAGAUUCGAGAAGUACUUUGACACGGUGAUAAUGAAUCCACCGUUUGGUACAAAAGACAAUUCUGGAAUGGAUAUGAAGUUUCUAGAAAUUGCCAUGAAACUCGCACGUAAUACAGUCUACUCCUUGCACAAGACAAGUACUCGUAAACACGUCCUCAGGAGGGGUUCAAGACUUGGGGCUAACUGUAAAGUCAUUGCCGAGCUAAGAUACGACCUGCCCCGUAUUUAUAAGUUCCAUAAAAAAAGUUCAGUAGACAUAGAAGUUGACUUUAUACGUUUCGAUUUAUCUUCUUAAGUUUUUUUCUAUGUAUAUCGUGGUAAUAAAAAUAUUUUUACAUUC